UUGACGGCUCUCAGUAUUUGUGACCGGGGAUUUGUGUUUUUUGAUUAAUUGCUGUUUGAUACAAUCAACAUUUGUGGAGUUCAAAAAUGGCAAAUCCAAGGCAAGAAGUUCGCUUUACUAAGCUAUUCAUCAACAAUGAAUUUGUGGAUGCUCGUAGUGGUAAAACAUUUUCUACCAUUAACCCAGCAACUGGAAAGAAAAUUGCUGACAUUGCCGAAGGAGACAAAACUGAUGUUGACAUUGCAGUGAAAGCAGCACAAAGAGCAUUCGCCCGAGGAUCUGAAUGGCGUGUCAUGGAUGCUUCAGCUCGUGGACGAUUAUUGCAUAAACUUGCUGAUUUGAUUCAACGUGAAGCAAUUCCACUCGCCAACUUGGAAACAUUGGACAAUGGAAAGCCAUUUGAAGAUUCACUCUUUGAUAUUCAGUGCGCUGUAGAUACGUUCCGCUACUAUGCAGGUUUUGCUGAUAAAAUCCAUGGCAACACAAUCCCAGUUGAUGGGAAUUUCUUGAGCAUGACAAGGAAAGAACCAAUUGGAGUUGUUGGUCAAAUAAUCCCAUGGAAUUAUCCAAUUUUAAUGCUCUCAUGGAAAUGGGCUCCAGCAAUUGCUGCUGGCUGUACAAUUGUUUUAAAGCCUGCUGAACAGACGCCAUUGACUGCUCUUUACAUCGCAGCAUUAUCAAAGGAAGCUGGUUUUCCAGCUGGAGUUUUGAAUGUCGUCACUGGAUUUGGUCCCACUGCUGGUGGUGCAAUUUCUUCUCAUCCUGAUAUUCGUAAAGUUGCAUUCACAGGAUCAACUGAAGUUGGAAAAUUAAUAAUGGAAGCUGCAGCUAAAUCCAAUUUGAAGAAAGUUUCUCUUGAACUUGGAGGAAAGAGUCCACUUGUUGUAUUUGAUGAUGUUGACAUAGAUGAAGCUGUUGAGAUUGCUUACAAUGCGAUUUUUGCAAAUCAUGGUCAAAAUUGUUGUGCCGGAAGUCGAACAUUCGUGCAUGAGAAAAUUUAUGACCAAUUUGUUCGUAAAACUGUUGAGAAGGUCAGCAAACGUCGAGUUGGAAAUCCUUUUGACAAAGGUGUUGAACAGGGACCUCAAGUUGAUGAUGAAAUGUUCAAUAAAGUUUUGGCUUACAUUGACUUUGGUAAGAAAGAUGGAGCGAAACUCGAGUUUGGAGGAAAACGUCUUGGCAAUGAAGGAUUCUUCAUUCAGCCAACCGUUUUUUCAAAUGUUACUGAUGAAAUGCGCAUAGCAAAGGAUGAAAUCUUCGGACCAGUUCAAUCAAUUUUAAGAUUUAGAACUUUUGAAGAAGUCAUCGAACGUGCUAAUCGUACAAAUUAUGGUCUUGCAGCUGGAAUACUAACGAAAAAUAUUAACAAUGCUUUAAUGUUUGCUGGAGCUAUUGAAGCUGGAAGCGUCUGGAUUAAUUGUUAUGAUGCUGUUGCACCACAAGCACCAUUUGGAGGCUACAAACAAUCAGGAUUUGGUCGAGAACUUGGUGAAGAUGGUUUAGAACCAUAUCUGGAGACCAAAACUAUCGCAAUCAAAACGCCAUGCAAAUUGUAAAAUUCAUACGAUCGAAUUAUUCAUUUUCAUCUUUUUACCUCACCAAAAGCAUUUUAUAAUAUUAUGCAAUUUUGUAAUGUUAAUUAUUUUAGAAAUGUCAAAUGAAAUCCCUGAUUUUUGCUUUUAUUUUAAAUAAAAGUUCAUGAAAUUUUA